GUCUUUAACUUUUCUGCGGGACUAGCAGUGAGAUCUCCGGCUGCCGUUUUGUCACGUUUGGAGGCUUUAUUUCCAAAACUUUUUUAUUUUAUCAUCCCUCAAUUUCCCUUUAAUUUCCCAUUAACACACAACACCUGGAGCUCCUCACAGCUUUGCUUCCUCCUCAGUCAAAACUCGACUCCUUUCAUGUGAAGGACCUUGAUCCACACCUGCGAACCAGCCUUUGUGACAGCCAGCAUAGACACACACAAGCAAACAUCCAGCAGCACUGUCAUCCACCAAAAGCUGAAGCAAUCAGCCAGUGAGAGACGCAGACAGCUACUGAAGCAGCCUGUGAGAUAUUUUACGGGCCUGACCAGACAGAGGGGCAGCCAUGUUGAUCAUCUUAGCCUUCAUCGUCCUCUUCCACCUGGCUGCGGCCAUCCUCCUCUUUGUUGCAACCAUUCACAAUGCGUGGUGGGUGGUGACGCCAGUCGGACAGGAAGUGAUACACGCUGACCUGUGGUACUCCUGCAACUCCACCUGCUAUCCUCUGCAGAACAGCCAUACUCCUGAUGCAGCAUAUCUGCAGGCGGUCCAGGCUACAAUGAUCCUGGCCGUCAUUUUAUGUUGCGUCAGCUUCUUCGUCUUCAUCCUCCAGCUCUUCAGGCUCCAACAGGGAGAAAGAUUCAUUUUCACCGCUAUUAUCCAGCUAUUGGCCUCUCUAUGUGUGAUGAUGGCAGCUUCCAUGUACACGGCUCAGAAAGACAGCUUCCACUCGAGCGAUCUUAAGAAAGGCUCCUACGGCUCCUCCUAUAUCCUGGCCUGGAUCAGCUUCCCCAUGACUCUCAUCAGCGGCCUCAUGUACCUGGUGCUCAGGAAGCGCAAAUAGAUGUGAUAAGCUUGACGCACGGGCAUGAAGAUUUUAUAGAAUACAAACAGGAACACUUGGACACACAUGCGUAAAGACAUACACUUUUCCUCAACAACCAUGCAUGCAUACAUUCUCUCACUAACCAUUAGAUGUUAUAAUACCAUUGGAGAUAAGGAAAUACACCAAGAAUCCACAAUAACUUCAAAUCUCAGGUUCAGAACUAGACAAUUCACCAAAGAAAAAAGCAUUCAGCAACACAUUUUGUACACCGUACACACUCAAAACCCCAAGUAGUCACACACCCUUCUCCUUCCUGAUGGCACAUUGUUCUCACUGAAUGUGGCAAAGGUGCACAAGGACUCUCUAAACACAGAGUGUGUUAAGUUGUCAGGCUGCACUAUAUACUUUAUUUCUGGAUUAGAGCAUCAGAAACACAGCUGAUGGUUGACUGGAGAGACCCUCUGUGACAGCCACUAAAAUAUGUUGCUAUAAACGUUUUCUCAUACGAACGCCAGACAGUGUCAGGAGAAUCAGGUCCAGACAUUGACUUUCACACAUGUGGCACACAACAGGAGUUAGUCUGUGUCAGAGGCGUUCUCACCUACCUAUACUCGGUUUGGUUUAGGCGAGGGGUGGUGCCUGGGUAGAGCGUGCAGGAGGCAGGGCAUGAUGCAGAUCACGCUGCAGUCAUGUAGCUGGCUUCGCAAUUUGAUCAUAAACAACAGAGUCUCUUGCUGUUCCUUGAAUUCGUCUGACAAUUUUGGCCUCGGCCCUUGCUAGAAGAAGUUCCCUUAUCUCGUCAUCUCUCGUUGCCGUCUUCAUGUAAAUGACCUUCUUCUUCAUCCUAAGAUGGUUUCGCAUGAGCCUCAAGAUAGAAACGUCUUUCACAUGCCCACUUGCUCGCUGUGAAUUCUCCGCUUUAUUUACACAUGGACUCAAUCUGACAUCACACUGUCUUUGUAGGGAGCUGGCAGGAUAAAGUCAGUUUGAUGUCCAGUUCAAUUGAUUUGGGCAUUUGCCUUCUCACAUAAUGUCUGCGUAACGUCUUGAUAAUUUCAGGUUUGCAGGGCACGUGUGAAAGGGGCUCAUGAUUCAUAUUUUGUUUGAAAAGUUAAAUCAUACUUUUGCCAGCUAGGUGCCGGAUAGAUUCAUUUACAGGAAGCUGAGGUCAAAUCUAAGCAUUACAGAUCAGCACCACACAUGCACCCUGCUGCAUUCAGCACACACUCACUGCUCUGGAUAGAAAAAGGUCCCUGAGGCUCCUUGCUGCGUUUCGUGAGAACAUGCCCUCUCAGUCCUCUCCUCCCUUUGCCCCUUAGCCACUACACAGGACAUGAGCAAUGUUCCAACAUACUGAUUUGUCUCCUCGUCCUGCUUCCUAUUCAUAGGAAGGAACCUGUCUGAAAUAUCUGAUGACAAAGGAUAACAGUCGAAGACAAGUGGGGAGAUUUGUCUUACUGGGACUUUCCAAGAGGUCCAUACUCUUUUUUUGUGAAUCUAUAGUCAACUGAAUUAAUUUUGUACAUAUUUGCUGUGUAUGUAUAGUUAAGGUUACUGCCAAAAGCUUAUUUCUAAGACUGAAAUACUAAAAUUAUAUAUAUAAAAAAGACAAAAAAAAGAGAAUCUUAUGUUAACCAUAGCAUACAGGAUGUGUAGUGAGGCACUAGUUUAGGUAUAAUAUGCAGGAUUUUAACUCGUUGUUUGUAUUCCUCUGUUACUGACUUGUGUUUUAAUGGUGAAAAAGGAACCAAUGAUGUGCUGUGAUAUUCGGGAUUUGAAAUGACAACGUAGGAUCACGCAAACUUGAAAUAAGAAUUUCUUUGUUACUAUUAUGCUUCUUUGUUCACAGCUCCACUGAGAAAAAGACAAAGCUAUUUAUUGUUUAAAACCACUGUUGUGUAUUUUAGCAUCAUGUGACUGAGGAUGUAUAAAGUAAUUAAGGCUUGCCAUAUUUUUUCCCUCUCUCGCCGGGCUACUGUUUAUUUGGUCCAUUAGUGAAACAUCUCUAUCAACCCUAUGCACAUGUGUGCUCUGGAAUUUAACAACAAUAAAUGUGCCAUUGUACUGUACACUGUAAAAUCUGAGAAGUUGAUCUUACUUUAAAAAAAUCUAGGUAAUCUAAUGCCUUUAAAAAAAAAGGUAAGUAAACAUAACUAUAAAUCUAUCUAAAAUCUAUACUGAAUUGUUAAGUUUCCUUAAAAUGUAGUUUUAUUCACACAUCAUUUUAAGUUGCAACAACUUAAUUUUGUGAAGUUGCUGCAUGGAGUUAUCCGAGAAAUCCUCUCUGACAUGAUUACGUUAUUUCAGACUAAACUGGUUCACCAAGGUUGCUAGAAAGAUCAACUUAAUUGUACUUGUCUUUUUAAGUUGUUACAUUUUAAAAAUGACAAGUGAAACCUACUUGUUUAGCUUAUUCUAACUUAAAGUUGCAACAACUUCAUAUUAUGAAUUUGUUGCAACUUAAAAAUGACGUGAAAUCAACUUGCUCUACAUUAUUGUCUAACUUGUUUAGCUUGCUCUAACUUGUUGUCGUUUUUAAGUUGCAACAACUUAAUAUAGUGAAGUUGCUGCAACUUACAAAUGACAAGUGAAAUUAACUUAAUCUUUCUAAGGGUUAGCAACUUCAGUGAACCACAUUAGAACAACAAGUUAGAACAAGUUAGACAAUAAGGUAGGACAAGUUGAUUUGUCAUUUUUAAUUUGCAACAAACUUAUAAUAUGAAGUUGUUGCAACUUAAAUUUGUCAUUUUUAAAUUGCAACUUAAUAUUAUAAGUUUGUUGCAACUUAAAGAUGACAAAUCAACUUGUCCUACCUUAUUGUCUAACUUGUUUAACUUGUUCUAACUUGUUGUCUUUUUUUUUUUUUUAAAUUGCAACAACUUAAUAUUGUGAAGUUGUUGCAACUUACAAAUGACAAGUGAAAUUAACUUAAUCAUUCUAAGGGUUAGCAACUUCAGUAAACCACAUUAGUGCUCGUUGCAAACUAGUCAGUCAUAUUUGUACAUUCUUAAAAAUGUCAGCUAAACAGAACCUAAAUAUAUUCCAUCUCCUUCAUAUGCUACAAUCCCUUCUGUCAUGAUGACGCCAAGUCAGACUAACUCGGUUCACUGAAGUUGCUAGAAAGAUCAAGUUAAUUUUACUUGUCUUUUUUAAGUUGCAAAAACUUAAUAUUGUGUGUUAAGUUGUUGCAUUUUAAAAAUGACAAGUGAAAUCAGCUUGUUCUACCUUUUCGUCUAGCUCGUUCUAACUUGUCAUUUUUAAGUUGCAACAACUCAGUUCUUAAGUGAAAAUUAGCUUGAUCUUUUUUAACGGUUAGAAACCUCAGUAAACCACAUUAGUGCUUGUUGCAAACUAGUUAAACAUAUUUGUAUGUUCUUAAACAUGUCACCAAAACAAAACUCCUCUUUGUCAUGAUGAGGUUAAGUCACUAACUUUGUUUGCUGAAGUUGCUAACAGUCAGAAAAAACAAGUUAACUUCACUUUUCAUUUUAUAAGCUGCAACAACUACAAAAAUUAAGUAAAUACAACUAAAACUAAACAGCUAGAUAUACAGUAAACUUAAAUUAAGGCUUGUAGCCACAUUUACUUACCUUUUUGAGGUAAUUGAUUUCCUCGACUUUUUUAAGUAAAUCAACUUGCAUGAUUUACAGUGUACCCGCCACCAAUUCACGGAAUUACUUCUAAUGUCAGCCUUUGUGGUAAUAUAGAGAUAAUGUUUGAUCUCAUACCGUAGCAGCACUGUGUAGACUGUUUUCCUCUUUCUCUGUGUUAGUUUGGGGGUUAAACGGUUAAGGUAGACCAGCGGGGUAUUAAUGCACAUAUCUUGGACUUGAUGAAUCCUUCAGAGGUGCUGCACUGGGUGGUUUUGUGAUGGGAAUAUGGUCGUGUCUAGCAAUGUUUGGACCACAGAGCCUGGUAACUUACCAACUCACCGAUAUUGAAGAUUCAGGGAAAAGAAAUGGAAGUGAAGAUUUUCCUCUGUUAUCUCAAGAUGAUACUUGAAAAUGAUCAAAACAGCAUAUCGGAGGCCAAGAUUGUGAUGUUUGUUCAUACGUUUUUGUGAAGUUUUCAUCUUAAGAGUGUUUCACUAAAGAGUGUUUCACUAAAUAGUUUUUGUCUUUCAGCAGAUCCCUCGUUAAAUUUUAUUGAAAUCAAAAGUAAGUUUAAAAGUGAGAUUCUUUAGUUAAUAACAGAUUAUGUAGUCUUUGAAAAAACAAAUCUAAAUUUGGAAUAUCUGAGCUAAAGUUCUGUGCAAGCUGUUGCAGAUAUUCAACAGAAGCCACAGGAAUCACCUCUAAGAGCUGAGUCAUCAGAGCCACUCUUGAUUUGGAGUCAGAAUGUUUUUGGUUUAUGGUUUGUGAUAAUUUUCCUGUUGUGUGUUUUUAUGUCAGUGUAGAUGUACUGUAUCUUAGUCAAUGUAGAUCCAUACAAAUAACCACAGGACCACAGUGACAAAUGAGCAUGAGUUGUUGAAGUCAAAUCUGUAUUUAUGGGGAUUUGUUUUUUAAACAUGUUUUUUUUUUUUUUGCAGUUGAAAUGUUUCUAAUGCUUUAUGAAGUAUUAAUUCCACACUGAUUCAGAGUCUAAUGUUGCUUUAUAAUGGAGACAAGAUGAAAUUGUCAAUGUUGAAGUAGCUUAAAUUUAAUAGUUUCCUUUCCUGCAUAGGAUUCAUCCAAGUUUUUGGGAGUGUGUCUGCAUGUUGAAGGCUCCCUUGCUUUCACUAUUUAAUACAAACUAAAUGACAGCAUGCUAUUCAUUUUGACCUCAUUCAUCACAUCAGUGGCUGCUUCUGUAAUCUUUAAGUUCUCUUUGUUUGCAUGUAUUCACAUCAUAAAAUUACAAUGUUUGUCUGCUAUUGACACCCAGUGGAGUGAUAGAAAACUACACAAUGUUUCGGCGAUAGUUUUAUGGUUUCGAGCUCCAGAACAGACCGCUCAGCACUCCUAAAAACAAACUUGUUUUUGCUUGGUGAAUCCUGCUGCUCUAAUAUCAAAACAGCAGAUUGGGCAAACUUUCAUCAGAUUCAGGAAAGACUCAUCUCCCCUGCAAGGAUUUAUAGGUGCUUAUUUUUUACUGUUGACCCACCGAUCAGAUGUAGAUCUCAAUAAAUGUAUUUUACAAUGAAUAAA